AUGCCUCAAAACAGCUCCAGUGCCCCUGCUCAGGUCCCCCACAGCGAACGACCAAAUGUUAACGUUACUGAAGACCUCGAUUAUAGCAAACGCACCUACGUCUCCUCCCCAAACAGCACUGAUCACUGGACCCCCUUUGGUGCUGGUGCCUCACAACGCCGAAACAAUAACGACGUACUCGCUCGCGUAGACGAGCUUGGACUCUCUAAGGGUGCUCCGGGCAAGAUCUAA